CCCAGCCUCUGCUGCGUCCACUUGAAAGCAUCGUUCACACUCUCCUCCUUUGUUAUGUCACAUUUGUAGGCGUGCAAAUUGGAGCGAAAUCGCGUAGGUAAUUCCUGUUGCAAUAGCGCAAUCCGUUCCUGGCGACGUGCUAAUCCAACAACAACAAAUCCAGCACACACCAAAGCCUUAGCACAAGCAGCACCGAUGCCACUGCUAGCACCAGUUACCAUAGCAACUUUGCCCUGCCAACGCUCCAUGUUGAAUGUGAUGGCAAGUGAUUAUGAUUUAAUAUUCAGAUAUUCAAGUGAAACCAUAUAACUGCAAUAUUAGUUAAUCGAUAUUGUAAAAAAUUAGUAUCGACCUAAAUCAUCAUGCAUAAGUAACUACAUAUGCAGUUGUGAAAAUAUCCAUACUUAUGUACAUACAAGUACAUACAUAUGUAUUAAUUUGUAGCAAACUGCCUAGAAAUUAGCUAUAUUCUCCACUCAGUUACUACUUAGUUGUCUUUGAAACUACAUGCUAUUCUAUGGAACGUUGGCAGGGUAAAUUGGCCGUGGUCACCGGUGCCAGUGGUGGCAUUGGUGCGGCCUGUGCUCGGGCUUUGGUGGUGGCAGGUCUACGAGUCGUCGGUCUCGCGCGGCGAGAAGCUAAAUUGCAAGAACUGAAACUCAGUUUGCCACCAGCAUUGCAACCACAAUUCAUACCACGUCGCUGUGAUGUAUCUAAAGAGGAUCAGGUUGUAGCGGCAAUCGAUUGGACGGAACGUAUGUUGGGUGGCGCGGAUGUAUUGCUAAAUAAUGCGGGUAUCACACGUGAAACGGAAUUGGUGGCACCCGAUAAUACUGAGAAGAUACGUCAGGUGAUUGAUACUAACGUCAUGGCGGUAUUAUGGUGUACACGUGAAGUAUUCCGUGGCAUGAUGAAGCGUGGCAAUGAGGGCCAUAUAUUGAUCAUUAAUAGUAUAGCCGGGAAGGAGGUGUUAAAUUUUAUUGAUGUGCUUCCGAGCUUCAAUAUCUAUCCGGCAACAAAGUUUGCCAUUACGGCUAUGACGGAGACUUACAGGCAAGAAUUUCAACUGCACAAGAAUAAAGUUCGUAUAACGGGUAUUUGUCCCGGUGCCGUAAACACAAACAUAUUUCCGGAAGAAAUUCACUUCUACGUGAAGCAUAUGGCACGCUUAGAGCCAACAAAUAUAGCUGAUGCGGUUUUAUAUGCGCUGCGUACUCCGCCCCAUGUACAGAUUCACGAGAUCACGUUAAAACCGAUGGGGGAAAUAUUUUAAUAUCAACAUUUUUCAUUUAUUGCACUUUGAAGUGUCACAACAAAAAUGAGUUGUUAUAUUUUAUAAAUAAAUAUAAAAUGUUGUUUUUAGAAUUUA